UAUUUCCUAUACCUGAUACACAAAAAAUGAUUGAUGAGGCAUUAGCGAAACAAAAAUUUAAUUAUGAUGCUAAGAUAGAAAAAUUGAGAAAGGAAGUUCAAUCCUCAAAAGUACAGAAAACACAGACACCAGUUCCGCAAAUCAUUGAAGUGGUUAGACAGCCAAGAGGCCUCCCAUCAAAUUUAAAAACAGAAGAAGAUUAUAAAAAUUAUUAUGUAGUGAAAUACUUUAACGAUUUAG